UGAAUUUACACAGACCUACGGCCGGGAGAGAGGAGAGGAAAGUCUGGCGCACAUUCACGGUUUUGUCCUGAAGACACCGGGCCGAAAACCAACACCGGGAGGGAGGAGAGAAGUUCUCUUUUUGUCCUAAUUGUGCUUUUUCCUUCUCCGUUCCUCUGAGAUGGUUUAUUAGAGACCCCAAUGUAGGAUAGUGAUUGGAGUUGACAAUCCCGCUUCACUACUGUAUCUCCUCUCACCCCCCCUCUCCUCCUCCUCUCUCUCCACAACCAGGAAAUCGUCGAGGUGUGCUUCUUUAUCCUGCUUGUGGCUACCCCGUUUGCGGGUGUAGAUGCGUGUGUCGCCGAUUUUUGUCGUUUUUCUAUUUUAUUCGUUUGCCUUUUAACCCCCGGACUUCAACUCUGAAGUCAGCCAAACUUGUAUACGAGGAGAGGACCUCCACUCUGGCCGAACAAUGAGUGAGUCGAGUAUCUGCCAGGCUCGGGCCACUGUGAUGAUCUAUGACGAUGGCAACAAGAAGUGGCUGCCAGCGGGCGCGGGACCCCAGACCUUCAGCAGAGUCCAGAUCUAUCACAACCCCUCUACCAACGCAUUCAGAGUAGUGGGACGCAAGAUGCAGACAGAUCAGCAGGUGGUGAUAAACUGUCCAAUCGUGAGGGGUCUGAAGUAUAACCAGGCCACGCCCAACUUCCACCAGUGGCGGGAUGCACGGCAGGUGUGGGGGCUCAACUUUGGUAGCAAGGAAGAUGCUGCUCUUUUUGCCAAUGGCAUGAUGCACGCCUUGGAGGUGCUCAGCUCCAUGGCAGAUGCAGGCUAUGCAACCCUCCCCCGCCCAGUGUCGAAUGGACCAUCUCCGGAGGAGCUUGAACAACAACGGAGAUUGGAGCAACAGAGGCUGGAACAGCAGGAGAGAGAAAGACAGGAACGGGAACGGCAAGAAAGAGAGAGACUGGAGAGAGAGAGACAAGCUGCCGCAGCCUCCAUUCCUCCUGCUCCACCUAUGGCCCCUGGAGGCCCCAUGCCUCCUCCAGCUCCUCCUCCACCCCCGGGCCCUCCUCCAGGUGCUGGGAUCCCUCCUCCACCAGGACCACCUCCCUCAGGACCCCCACCCGCCCCGCCUCUGCCCUCUGCUGGAGGAGGUGGAGGUGGAGGCGGAGGUGGCGGUGGAGGUGGGGGCCUGGCGGCUGCUCUAGCAGGGGCAAAGCUCCGCAAAGUAUCCAAGCAGGAGGAUGGAGGCCCUGCAGCUCCAGCAGGCAGGGCUGAUUCCUGCCGAAGCAGCAACUCCUCUAUUGGAGGAGGAGGUGACCUGAUGGGCGAGAUGAGUGCUAUCUUGGCACGAAGGAGAAAAGCAGCAGACACUGGGGAGAAGGCACCAACGAAGACACAAGAUAACGAUGAUUCAGAGUCUCAAGGUCAAAGCGACACUAUUAGAAGACCGUGGGAGAAAUCAUCUACUAUGACCAGGAAUAACUCCAUCGCCAAGAGCAUGGACUCCACUUCCUCAUUGUCCCAAGGUUCCAGGGUGAAGCCCAGCAGCAAUAGUAACGACGCAAGCACAAAUGAUGACACAGAUUUAGAGAAAAUGAAACAGGAAAUUCUGGAGGAGGUGCGGAAAGAGCUACAAAAAGUCAAGGAGGAGAUAAUUGGAGCCUUUAUUCAGGAGCUGCAGAAGAGAAGCACAUAGUUCUGCUAACUGAGUGUCAGGCAGAAUGGAGGGAAGAGAUGGAUGGAGGACCUCUUCCACUGCCCCCUCCUGUGUAGCCCAGGGAUUUUUCCUUCUCUCCCACACAUUUUCUCUUUCUCUCUGUCUCUUACACAGAAAGCACAUGAGCAUACUUGCUUAUGUGUACAUCAUGCAUAUUCACUUCAUGUAAAUGGUAACCCAGGGAACCUCCUCACAUUGCCAUCCAAGACUUUAUGUGAUCACUUAACUAAUGUUGCAGUGGUGAUCCAGUCUCUCCCCUGUUCAUUACUCAUCCCUCUCGUAUUUUUUCCCCCGUUGUUUCCAACCAUUUAAGGGCACACGACUACAGCCACGGUUGCUCUUCCGCUUUGUAUGUACACUCAUCAUAACCCUCUCUCUGCAAACGUUCUGCCACUUGUGUCCUCUCCCUCCUGUUUUCAGACAUGCCAGUUAUUGACAGGGCAGCGUUCGGUAUUCAGGGACAUCAUAUUAUUCACAUUCGUUACUGUAAUAACAAGAUGCUGGCAUGCUGGGAUUUGCCAACAAUCCUCUUUUUUUUUUCCUCUUCCUCUAUCUCUCUCUUGACACACCAUUAAUCAGCCUCAAACACUACAACAGUGAGUUCAGUUCAGACAACCUCCAGUUGUUCAAAAUAGUCUCUGGUCACCUAAAUAAUAAUUGGAAGUUGAAGAACAUAACACUGCUCAGCUAUGAAUCAGGGACCCCUGCUCCCCCACCCCUCGCAGGGCUAACAACAAGAGCUCAAUGUGAUCUCUGCCUCUCAGUCAAGUGGAUUUACAGCUUUCAGCAAAGGCCAAGAACGCCAGCGGCACAUCGCAAACUUUCCUCGCUGCAGGAUAGCAGAAAUCAGAUGGAGGAAGAGGAGACAAGCAAAGGGAAUGUGACGGACAACCUGAGUGCUGUUAUAGAGGAGUGUGUUGUAGUUUCAUGAUGUGAGUGUGAGAAAUCAUCUUCGCAUUGCACUUGUUCCAGAGGAGGUGUGUGUCCAUGUGCCACACUGUACUGACAAACUAUUCCCUCUCACUCAGAACGAGAUAUUAUUUGUUGGCCAGUGCAGUGGUCUUAUACUGUGCUUCUUAUAGUUUUUUUUUUUUUUCUUCCAUUCUAGGUAUGUUUUCUAACUUUGAAACAUGAAAAAUGGCCAUGACGAGGUCAAUUAAUUUGGCCAUGACCAACUGCCUUGAGAAUAAAUAUAUAAAUAUAUAUAUAAGGAAAAUAUAUAUAUUUGUUUUGAGGGAAAAUGUUAGCAAAAUAAAAUGGUGUUUCUAUUUUAAUUGAGAUGACUGGUGAAUGGGGAUUUUUUUUUUUUCCUUUUUUCAAUGAUUGUUUUCUUAUGAGAUGUUAUUUUGGGUUUACUGUUGUUUCUUUUUUCUAAUAGAGUAUAGGCUUUUUACACUGAAGUAUAAAGAAAACAGCUUAGAGACACUGGAUUAGAAAUGCCUUUAUAGUCAAAUACAGCUGCUUCUUGAAAUGCA